GCGACAACCCGAGGGGGUGGGGCGAACUCGGGGCCGGGGACGCUGCCGACCACCGCCGUUGUCCACCCGCGCAAUUCGCGGUUAGCGGUUGUUGUUGUUGUUUUAUAUUGUUGAUGUUAAUGUUGUAGUUGUUGGUAGUUCCGGUCGAGGCGUCGGUCGCUGCUGCAGGCGGUGGGGAGUUCUCGCGCGUUCACGGCUGAGAUGGCGGCGUGAGGAGAUGAUGCGCGCGGAGUUUCGAGCCAAUUCCUACUCCGAGUUGGAUGAAGAUGAGGAGAAGGCGAACGUCGUCAAGGAGAGACGAGGCGAGGAGGCGGUCACCUCCUCGCCCAAUGGCAGCGUCGGUGACGACGAGGAGGAAGAUCCACCUGGUGACGAGGUGGUGGAUGUGGGGGGCGAGGGGGACGCUACAGCUGAGGAGGUGUUGGGGGGCAUGCGAAGGUUUCGCAUGCGCGUGAGUAAGCUGUGCCUCAAGAACCUGGUGUCGGUGCUGCUCGUGGUGUUCUACCUGGUGCUGUCGGCAGUCGCCUCCUUCGUGGCAUACCAGUCCAUCUCCGACUUCCAGCACCAGGCACAGCACCCGGCCAUGUCCGUCUCGUACAAGGCGGUGGAGCGCUACGACGCGCCCGGCAUCGCGCUCUACCUGGGCAGCGCCGAACUGCUGUCGUGCCGCCAUUACUUCCACAGCGGCGUGUCGGUCAUGGAGAGGCCCGGCCAGCCCGGGGACGUGCGGUGCAACAUCUUCACCGUGUCCUACCCGGACCCCUACCACAACACCUCGCAGAAGAGUGCGCUGGUGGUGCGGGGGCCUGAGCGAGUGCAGGAGAAGGAGCAAAUCUUCCUCCACUUCCGUCUCAACGGCAGCACGCAGCAGUUCAGCGCCAUCGACUACCUACUCUUCUCCUCCUACGUCAGCCUUGAGCGCAGCACCAACCGCCCGAGCUUCAUGAUGCAGAUGGAGCGAACGCAGUCCAUGUGGACGUUCUCCGGAGGCUUCCGCACGUGGGUCAAGAUGUCGCUCGUGCGCACCAAGACGGACCGGCCCUCUGAGGAGUUCACCCUCGAGUCCAGCGUCGUCAAGUAUAACGACGAGCGCCCGGAGAGCGAGCGGUCCGACGAGCUCUUCUUCAUCGUCUUUGAGUGGAAGGACGCACUCAUCCAGGAAGUGCAGGGGAUCGUGACAGCAAACCCGUGGAGCGUGGCGGCCGUGCUGUGCGGGGUGCUACUGCUCAUCUUCAAGGUUGCCGACUUUGCGACGAGCAGCGUGCGCUGGAUGAUCCGCGUCCGCAAGCGAAACCGCCGGCACCGCGUGCAGAAAAUGAACAACAUGGCCGCGUGACUCAUUCGCUGGGGAGAGACCAAAGUCGUCGCGCAGUUUUCUUUCCUUUGUUUAGAGAAUUAUGACCGCAGUUAGGUGGAGGAGAUACUUGGACACGGCGCCAGUCCAGUGGUGGUAAUGAAACUGAGCUCUUCUAUGUAAAUAUCGCACUCGUUUUGGGACCACUUGGUGAUAGCCGCUCGUCGUCAUCUCUGGAUUGGAAGAGCCGUGUCUGUGGUUGCUCCUCCAUCGAUUCGGAGGACUCGCGGGGGAUGAUCGGAGCGAAUGCUUCUUUUUCCACCAUGCAACCAAGCGACGCCAGUGCCAAGCCAGCCCAGUGUGCGGCUCAGGAGGUGCAAGUGUUGUUUUUCCAUUGCAGAAGGCGAGCCGUGCCACCGACAUAAUACACAAUGAACGCGGGAUGAAACGUAUUAACCUUUGUCCCGAGCCAGAUCCAGAUUUCUUGUCACCAGUUGUCCAGUUAGAUACUGGGUCGGCUUCAUAGCCAGUGGAAAGCUACCUGUACCACAAUGGCCCUGUGCUGGCAUGGCUCUGAUGUGCAAGUGGGAAAAGGAGUAUAAGAUACCAUAACGUUGAUCUUUAACAAACAUAUCCUAUAAAAUUUAACCACUAGGUCCCAGUGGCCAAAUUGGGCUUCAUAAUUAAAAUCUAGAUUUGGCAAAGUGUUUGAUUGUUUGCCCAAGUUCUGCAGCUGCAUGGCAGCGCCACUACCAGGGGAGACGGGUAAACAGGCUGCGGGGGGGGGGGGGUUCGCAAACGACAGUGGAUGGGGACAGGAACAGGUGACAACUUGUGGAAGAUGGGAUGUCCUUCAAGCUCUGGCCAGUUAAGUUAUUCCCUUAGGGGCCAUCCAUUUAGUACGUACGCAUGGAGGAGGGAGGGGUGUUUAACCCAAAUGCGUACACUUGCAUAUG